AGCGGCUCGGAACCCCCCGGCCACAGCCUACCCGGAUCGUUUCCAGAUGUUACUCUAAGUCCACGAACUGCGAUUGGGCAGCGUAGACGGGGCACUUCCGGUGCCCGGGUGCCUGGGUUCUCGGCAGGAAGCGCAAAAUGGAGCCCGGCGCCGCGGCCCGCGCUUGGUCUCUCCUGUGGCUGCUGCUGCUGCCCUUGCUUGGCCCGGUCUGCGCUAGCGGUCCCCGCACCUUAGUGCUGCUGGACAACCUCAACCUGCGGGAGACGCACUCGCUUUUCUUCCGAAGCCUGAAGGACAGGGCUUUUGAACUCACGUUCAAGACCGCAGAUGACCCCAGCCUGUCCCUCAUUAAGUACGGGGAGUUCCUCUAUGACAAUCUCAUCAUCUUCUCCCCUUCGGUGGAAGAUUUCGGAGGCAACAUCAACGUGGAGACCAUCAGUACCUUUAUUGACGGUGGAGGCAGUGUCCUGGUAGCUGCCAGCUCAGACAUUGGUGACCCUCUUCGAGAGCUGGGCAGUGAGUGUGGGAUCGAGUUCGACGAGGAGAAAACAGCCGUCAUUGACCAUCACAACUACGACAUCUCAGACCUUGGCCAGCACACGCUCAUUGUGGCUGACCCCGAGAACCUGCUGAAGGCCCCAACCAUUGUUGGGAGAUCAUCUCUGAACCCCGUCCUCUUUCGAGGUGUUGGGAUGGUGGCCGAUCCUGACAAUCCUUUGGUGUUGGACAUCCUGACGGGCUCCUCCACGUCUUACUCCUUCUUCCCGGAUAAACCUAUCACCCAGUACCCCCACGCGGUGGGGAAGAACACCCUGCUCAUUGCUGGGCUCCAGGCCAGGAACAACGCCCGGGUCGUCUUCAGCGGCUCCCUGGACUUCUUCAGCGAUGCCUUCUUCAACUCGGCGGUGCAGAAGGCGGCGCCCGGCUCCCAGAGGUAUUCCCAGACGGGCAACUACGAGCUAGCUGUGGCCCUCUCCCGCUGGGUGUUCAAGGAGGAGGGUGUCCUCCGUGUGGGGCCCGUGUCCCACCAUCGGGUGGGUGAGACCGCCCCACCCAACGCCUACACCGUCACCGACCUAGUGGAGUACAGCAUCGUGAUUGAGCAGCUCUCAAAUGGCAGAUGGGUCCCCUUUGAUGGUGAUGACAUCCAGCUAGAGUUUGUCCGCAUCGAUCCUUUCGUGAGGACCUUCUUGAAGAAGAAAGGUGGCAAAUACAGCGUCCAGUUCAAGUUGCCCGAUGUGUAUGGAGUGUUCCAGUUUAAAGUGGAUUACAACCGGCUAGGCUACACCCACUUGCACUCUUCCACUCAGGUGUCGGUGAGGCCGCUCCAACACACGCAGUACGAGCGCUUCAUCCCCUCGGCCUACCCGUAUUACGCCAGCGCCUUCUCCAUGAUGCUGGGGCUCUUUAUCUUCAGCACGGUCUUCUUGCACAUGAAGGAGAAGGAGAAGUCCGACUGAGGCGGCCGAGCCCUGGGACUCCUCAAAACAUGCAGAUGGGGGUUACAUAGGGUCGGGUUGUCUUUAUGGUGGUGUGUGUGUUUCACUUGUUUGUUUGUUUGUUUUUUUAAGCUGUGGGACAGUGGCAGAGUCUCACCUCAGUGGGAGACGAGGCACUGAGUACCAAGGGGGUGGGGGUGGGGGGAUGAUUUUUAUGUUGAGUUUUUCCACCUAAUGCUAAGUGGUAUUUUCCAUGUGUGGUCACUCUCAUUUCUAAGAUAAAAAGAAACCUUGCCCUCCAA